AUGCUUGGGAACCACCUUAUUACAAAGCAAACAACACCAUCAGGAAUUCUUGUUAACCAAGUUAUGGUCGCAGAAGCACUGGAUAUUCAGCGUGAAACUUACUUCGCUAUUUUAAUGGACCGGGGAUCUAAUUCACCUAUUAUGGUAGCCUGUAAAGAAGGUGGCAUGGAUAUUGAAGAGCUAGCGAAAAAUCGUCCUAACGCCAUUAUCAAGGAACCUAUUGAUCUGACCACCAGUGUAACUGAUGAACAAGCAUCCAGAUUCGCUAAAGCCUUGGGAUUUCUUCCUCAAACAAAACUGCAUAAAGAAGCUUGCAAACAAAUUCAGAAGUUAUACAAAAUGUUCACAGCUUUGGAUUGCGUUCAGGUAGAAAUUAACCCUUUUGGUGAAACAAAAGAUGGUCAAGUUGUAUGUUUCGAUGCAAAGUUGUCGUUUGAUCAGAAUGCAAUCUACCGACAGCCGGAAGUACAUCAAAUGGCAUCUGAAGUUGAAGCUAUCGAAGUAGCCGCUUCUGGUCCUAAUAGUGUAACAGCCUUAGAAGCAGAUGCUACACAAUACGGUUUAAAUUAUAUCGGUCUAAGUGAUGGUGAUAUUGGGUGUAUUGUAAAUGGUGCUGGAUUGGCUAUGGCUACAAUGGACUUGAUUCAUUAUCAUCAUGGUAAACCGGCUAAUUUUCUUGACCUUGGAGGAAGUGUAACUCAGCCCCAGGUUGAACGAGCCUUUGAUAUACUAACUAGAGACGGUCGCAUUAAAUGCAUUCUUGUCAAUAUAUUUGGUGGUAUUGUCAACUGUAAAACAAUCGCUGAAGGUCUUAUAUCUGCAUUGAAAAAGAAAGUCGUAAAUAUCCCGGUUGUUGUUCGACUAGAAGGGAACAAUGCUGCUGAAGCUCAUUCACUUAUCUGUAAUAGCGGUCUGGAAUUAUAUGCUGCAAAGAGUCUAGAAGAGGUGGCCUCUGUAGCAGUUCGUAAAGCAAUGAAGAAAUGA